GUCUGAGCCGUGAGGAGCGUCUUUACCGCCGCUCCGCCGCUCCGGGAUUUACUAACCGUUCACCGUUUACCGAGCACAACAAGAAGUCACCGUGACUUUACCGUGAGCUCACACACAGCUCCGCCCCCGGUGGGACCCUGCCCGGUGAUUUACCGUCCGCUCGGUGGAGGAAACAUCACGACACUGAGAGCUGCUGCCUGCUCCGCCCCCCACCCCCUGGACUCACCUGCCUGAAGGCCCAGGAAGUUUGUUAAAGACUGAACCAUCUGAGAGGAAGAACCUCAGAGGGGUUCAAACCCCUGACGCCCCAUCAACCCUCCCGCCUCCAAGACCCCGCCUCCAAGUCCCUGCUGAGGUCACUUCCUGAGAGAAGUAGGAGGAGCUACAGACGGGUGGAUCGAGACAAAGCUGUCGGUGGGAGGUGAGCGUGCUGUGGGCCAUGUGUUUCUGCUGAGGUCUCAUCUCCUGCCAACAUGAGGCUGACGCCCGGCUCGCCUCCGCCCGUCCUGCCAGCUGUCCUGGCUCUCACCUUAGCUGCCUUCUUACCUCAGCUGUCCUCAGGAGCCACGCCGUUCCCCCAGGACCUGGAGCCAAUCAGCAUCGUGGGCAGAGAAUCCUCCUACCUCCACCCCAGCUUCCAGGGACUCAUGUCGGACAAUGACACCGUGCGCCUGGGCCUGGACUUCCAGAGGAUGCUGAGGAUCAACCACAUGCUCUACAUCGCUGCCCGGGACCAUGUGUUUGCCAUCAACCUGGACACUUCCUCUGAGCAGAUCGUCCCUCAGCAGAAACUGACUUGGAAGACGAAGGAUGUGGAGAAGUGCACAGUGCGAGGGAAGAACAGCGACGAAUGUUACAACUACAUCAAAGUGUUGGUGCCUCGGAACGACGAGACGCUGUUUGCCUGCGGCACCAACGCCUUCAACCCCACCUGCCGUAACUACAAGAUGUCCACUCUGGAGCAGGAGGGGGAGGAGGUGGUGGGACAGGCUCGAUGUCCCUUCGAGUCUCGCCAGUCCAACGUCGGCCUCUUCGCAGGUGGAGAUUUCUACUCAGCCACCAUGACCGACUUCCUGGCAAGCGACGCAGUGAUUUACAGGAGUCUGGGAGAAAGUAGCCCCGUGCUGCGGACCGUCAAGUACGACUCCAAGUGGCUGCGAGAGCCCCACUUCCUCCACGCCAUCGAGUACGGGAACUAUGUGUACUUCUUCUUCAGUGAGAUCGCGGUGGAGUACACCACUUUGGGCAAGGUGGUUUUCUCCAGAGUCGCACGUGUUUGUAAGAAUGACAACGGCGGCUCGCCGAGGGUGCUGGAACGUUACUGGACGUCGUUCCUUAAAGCGCGGCUGAACUGCUCCGUGCCGGGCGACUCCUUCUUCUACUUCGAUGUUUUACAGUCGCUGACGAACGUGCUGCAGAUCAACCACCGGCCGGCCGUGCUCGGCGUCUUCACCACGCAGGCCAACAGCAUCACGGGCUCCGCAGUGUGCGCCUUCUACAUGGACGACAUUGAGAAGGCCUUCAGUGGGAAAUUCAAAGAGCAGAGGAACAGUGAGACGGCGUGGACACCUGUUCCUGAGGAUCAGGUCCCCAAACCAAGGCCGGGAUGCUGCGCUGGCGAGGGCUCAGCCACCGCCUACAAGUCGUCCACCACCUUCCCCGAUGAGACGCUGACCUUCAUCAAGUCGUACCCGCUGAUGGACGAGUCCGUCCCCUCGGUCAAUGACAGACCCUACUUCACCCGCACCACCAGCAGGUUCAAGUUGACCCAGAUCGCUGUGGACACGUCUGCGGGGCCGUAUAAGAACUACACCGUGGUGUUUCUGGGCUCAGAUAACGGGCAUGUGCUGAAGAUCCUGGCGAGCACCGAGGGCGCCAACGCCUCCUUCAGCACGCAGCUCCUGCAGGAUAUCGACGUCUACAACCCCAACAAAUGUAACGUACGGGGCGAGGACAGGAGGGUGCUGGGUCUGGAGCUGGAUCGGGAUCAUCACGCCUUGUUCGUGGCGUUCUCCAGCUGUGUGAUCCGUGUGCCGCUGAGCCGCUGCUCCGACUACAGCACCUGCAAGAAGAGCUGUCUGUCUUCUCGGGACCCGUACUGUAUCUGGCUGAGGUCGGGCAGCUGUGCCACCGUCUCACCUGGCAUCAAAGGCGGCUUUGAGCAGGAUGUGGAGAGCGGCUCCCAGCAGCAGCCCGAUACCUGCCACGACGUCCUGGCGACCACUCGGAAGCAGAACACGGCGCUGGAUUCAGCGUAUGGGAAGACCACACCCACAAGCGCCAGCACAACCUAUCAUGGGGCGGCAUUCCCAAAGGAGGCAGGUGACCCUGAAAGAGGUACAGGUCCUGAUGGCCCUCCCCCCGUGGGGGAACAAGGGUCACCUGACUCGGAGCCAAUCAGUGUGGAGAUGGAGGGUGUGAGGCGUCCGCCCGACCUGGACAAGACCAACCACAGCGUCCACUACACCCUCCUCAUCGCCUGUGUUCUGGUGGCCUUUGUCCUCGGAGCCUUCCUCUCCGGCUUCCUGGUCUCCUGCUACUGUAAUCACGUGGGCCACAAGACCAAGAAACUGGCGAAGGAUCCCGAGGCGCCAAUCCCGCACGCGCUGUCGCUCCGCAGCCUCGCCAAACUCAACGGGCUCCUGGACAAUCAGAGUAAGGACGACAAGCUGGAGGUGUCCUCCCCAAAGAUCUACAACUCCUUCUUCGCCAACAGCAAGGAGCACCACCCGCCACGCAGAAACGGACAUCACGCAAUGACCAUGGGAGACCUGGUCCACCCCCACCAUCACCACCACCUCCACCACUCCUCCGAGCUGUCUGGUCUGCCUACGCCCGACUCCACCCCCGAACUGCCCAUCAAGAGCAUGAAGGCCUUCAAGAACCAGUGGGAGAAGAACCAGAACUGCAACAACGCCAAGGAACCAAAGUCCCACAACGGUGGCUCCAGGCCAAGCUCCGCCCUCCUGCACCAGCAGGUCUUCCCCUACACCCACGGCCUGUCGAACGGGCAGCCACUGGUCGGAGGUCACCUCCAUCCAGAGGAGCGCAAAAUCCACAAUGUCGAGCGCGUGCUGUCUCAGCAGCCAUAUGCCGGGUACUCCCAGAAGGUGAUGGAGGUGACAUCACUGGAUGAGCUCCUGAAGCACAUCCACGAGGCCAGCGGCGCCAAGAACUCCCAGUUAAUGAGCCCGUCAGGUCUGAUGGCCUGUGGCGGUGGAGGUCAGCUGGCGUUCGCCAACCGCAUCCAGCCUCAGAUACCUGAGACAGAGUCCGCCCCCUACUACAGCUCGUCCACUCUACCUCGAGACAGCCUCACCCGACGCAUGGAUGUCCCUCCGGACAUUCCCCCGCACCACCAGUCCACCCUGGAGAGGAGACACUCCUCCCAGAGGCACUCGCUGAUCGCCGCAGCCGCCAAGAUGCCCAAUGGAGGCGGAGUAGGAGGAGGGGGAGGAGGAGGAGGAAUGAUACCUCGCCAGCACAGCUUCAGCCAACGAAACGGUGUGCCUCACCAGCCGCCGCCCCUCCUGGCACGGAUGAACUCGACGGGCAGCGCCUGCGAGGUUCACUACCCGCUCAUCCCCAACGGGUACCUGACCCGCCAGCACAGCUACAAUGGAGAGCAGCCGGAUGUCCAACACAGGGGCGCCAUCGUCCGCCGGGCCUCCUCUCUCAAACCCGACGUCCCUCCCAAACCCCUGUUCAUACCCGCCACGUCCCCCGUCAGCCAGCAGGGAAAGUUCAACUACUGAGGAGGUCCACACCUGGACUGCAGAGGGACCGCCCCUCAGUGCGUCCUCUCACAGGAACUUCCCUCUGAGGAAAGGCUUCGAGGUCUCAGACCUUCAACUGUGGACGAAAGCCUCAACCAAACUUGUUUGUCCCUCCUCUUUUUGUCCGACGGAUAUCUUUGUACCAUAUUGGUAUUGCUCAGCUACUUGCUUAUAAUAGAACCGCUGACUCAGGUGACGUGACGCCACCACUUCCUGUUUAGGCUGCCGAUGUCCUCAGUGUGGAUUUAUAACGUUGGAAGAACUUUAACAUCAGUCAUCUCUGAGACUUAAAGCUCCUGCGAUGCUUAGAUUCAUGCUUUGCUUCAAACCUUUUCUGAUGUAGUGUUGGUAACCAGUCCCCGCCCCCUCGCCCCCAUGCCCCGCCCCCGCCCUCGAAUGUGUUUAUAUUAUGCAUGUGUGUGUAUAUAUAUGUGUGUUUAUAUCCACACCGUAUAUGUAUACAUAUACAUAUGCAGUAUAUGUAACCUGUGGUGAACAGAUUCCCCAGAGAGUAGUUCUGUCUUUGCCUUACUAUACUCUGUCAUCUCUGGGCGUAUCAAACAGGCCCCGCCCCCCGAGAGAGACAUCCCAUCAUGCACUUCAUCCACACAUUGUCGGCUGGCUCCAAACACUGAACCAAAUGUGUCGGUGUUGAUGAGAGAAAGGAAGUCCUUCAACGAAGCAGCUAUUCUCGUCUUUUCUCUCUUUUCUUUUCCCGUCGCAGCAGACGGCGUGUCAGAACAGACGCCAUCGGGUCCAUUCAGCAUCCUCCAGAAUGUUUCCAUGAGAUCGGUGCUCCACACGCCCGCCGGCUCCUCCCAAAUGGUAAUAAGAGAAUGUUUGGACCCAAAGAGGACGAGUCAAAGAGCCGUCUGGUGUCUGAGGAUGAAGACAGAACGUAGAACGGACUGCACUUACUCUGAUUAUUAACUCUGUGGCUCCUGGUUGUAAAUAAAGGAAUAAUUACUAGCCAAAUUUUAACUGUAUGUGUAAAUGUGUGCCUUAUUUAAUGAUAGUGUGUGACGUGACGGGGGGGCGGGGUCAGGUGUGUUGUAGGUGUCAGUGUGUGUCAGACUGUAUCUAAUGUUUAUCUGAAGAGUUUCAUUCCAGAACUGAUGUUUGACUGAAACGCUGAUCAAACUGUUUUUAUUUUUAUGAAGUAUUUUACUCAUCUGUUAUUCAGAGAAAUAUUAAACACCAUAUACAUAUAUAUACAUAUAUAUAAAUAUAUAUAUAUACAUAUACAUAUAUACAUAUAUAUAUAUAUAUAUAUAUAUAUAUUUAUUUAUUUACUUGUUAUGGGUGUAACAACAGUUCAGUUCCACGAGACAGUGAAGUCCACGUUCGGUACGUGUUUGGAAAAGUGGAAGAGUAGAAAUACCAGAGAAAAACCCUUGUUUUUAAAUGUAUUAAAUGUAUGAAAACAAACAUAAUUUAACUAAUGAAAAGUUUUUCCCUGCAACACCUUGAAGUAAAUCCCUUAGCUAAGGGGAAAUUAAGCCUUGAGGUGUUUUGUGCAGCCAGCAGUCAGACCUGUGGUUUAUCAGACGAUCUUCUGCUUCUGGUGUUCCUAACCCACCCUGUAAGGAGCUAGCUUAGCUUAGCUUAGCUUAGCCUAGCCUAGCUUAGCUUAGCUUAGCCUAGCUUAGCUUAGCCUAGUGUCCUCUCAGUGUGUCAGAAGGAUCUAGUGGUUUGGGGGAGGGGCCAACAGCAUGUUUCCUGUCCCGUCCUGUGGGACGCCUCGUUAUGAACAUUAAAUUAAACACAGGUUAAGAUGUUGGUUUGAUUUUUUAAUGUAACAGGACCCUUCAACAUAUUUGUCAUGUGCACUGAACGGUUCAAUAUGAAUAUGUGUUUGUUACACUCCUAAUGAAUGUAUAUACGUUUAUAUAUGAGGUGGAUCCAGAGUUUUGAAAUGAAACCCUUCACUUUUCUUUGUCUGUUUCUGAUCCCAGAGGUGUGACCCUGCAGAUCAGUUUGACUCUGCAGCAGUUGUUCAGCCUGCAGACGUUCAGGUCUGACUGCCUCUGUAUUCUGUUUCUUUCCUUCAGGUGCCAUGUUCUGUUUUUUGCAGCAUGUCUUUGGGUUUGUGUCGCAGCAGCUCACAGUUCCUCCUCAGACCUGUGGCCAUUGUAGAAGUCUGCUGUAGAAGAUUGAUCGAUGAAAUCUGUUUGUUGGUCCAACCAAUUCUCAAAAUGUUUAUUAAUAUCAUGAUGUUAAUGAAACUAAAGAGGCUGAACUCAACCGUGAGGUGAGAGCAGCACUCGUACAGUCUGCAGCUCAGGGUUAACUUGUAAUUCAUCUUCACAGAAGUCAGCAGGUACAAGUGUGUUUUAAUCUAAUGUCGAACUAACUGCAAAUGCUUCUGUCGUCACCCAGAGAGGAACGUUAAGAGAGCGGAGCAGCGAUCAGCAGUAAUGUUAACAAGUGAAACCGACUGACCGACACACUCUGCAGCAUUAAACAACUGAAGGCAGAAUAACUCUGCUCAGACUGUUUCACCUCAGAAACCCUGUGACAGCUCCGCUCAGCGUCUUUACUCAGAGCUAACGAGGCUGCGCUCCACUGAUGGAGAUGUUAAUGACAACACAGUUAUGAACUCUGCCUCCCCCUCAUUUUGUUACUCUCAUACAGGCAGGAGACUGUGAGACGCUUUCAGAUGAAUGAAUUAAUGCAGCCAGUGUUUAGAAUAAAAAGGUUGUGGAUCAUUGAUCCAACAGAACGUAGUCACUUCAUAUUAUUUCAGGUGAAAUAAUCAGUGGACACUGUGUUGACAUAAAGACCCCACAGUGGGUCAGUGUGAGCAGCUGCAGAUGGAAACAAUCUGACUGGUUUAAAUCUACAGUGUGGAAACAGUUUGGCUGUGAGGCUGAAGGAAAAGGGACCUGAACAAGAGACACAUUGUCUGCAGGUAAACUCAUCUGUUAAUAAUGGAUCACUGCAGAUACUAUAUGAUUUGUUCUCAAAGAAGCAAGUAGUCACACUGAGAAUCAAACCAAAUGGUGAGCAGUCUGCACAUUCCCACUCCUUGUUUUACUACACUGAUACAAACACCAGAGUAGAUUCAGGGUGAAGGUGAUUAAAGCGACUUCUACGAUGGUUCCAGCUGUAGGUUCUGACUCACCUGUGUCACCAGGUGUCAUCUUCAUCGAUGUAGGAAGCAGAUAAACAGCAGAGGAGAUUUAGGAGAUGUGGAAACACAGAGAAGUGCACUGACCUCUGACCCGACGAGCUGAGGUCAUCUCUUGGAUGAUUCGAUGUGGAACCGGUUCUCAGGUGGCCAAACACCUGCUGAGGGUUCCCCUGGCGCCGGUCGGCUCUGCCUCAGAAAUAUACGGUGAAAAAGACUCUCCGCACUUUUGAGCUGAGUCACUUUGACCACGCUCAACUGGACCCGCGAUCAAUCCAGUGAAAACAGCCCGAGCUGUUUACUGUAUGUGAGAGCGCUGUGUAUUGAUUGAAAUUUCCCAAAGCUCAUUUGAGCCAAUCUAAAGUUUACGACUCGUUCUGUGACCACAGUAAAUGAAGGAAAACGGGGCCGAACUGAAGGUUUGUUUAGAGGAAGGAAAGUAGAUUUGGAUAUUAACGAGCAGCGGAGCAGGAAAUGGCUUUCAAACAACAAAGAGAAAAAACAUCCAGUUUGAUUUCAUGUCCUGAGUUUUGAUGUUUGAUUGGAGGAGAUUUCAGGAGGAGGUGUCUGUGAUGUCUGACGGGAGGAAACGUGGCAGCUACAGUCUGGUGUGUUUCAGGAGCUCCUUCACUCUUUGAUUUGGUGUAAAUACAUGGGAUGUGGGCCGCCUCUCAUUCGCUCACUGUUCUGUUUCUUUUGUCUGAUUUUAGGCCACGCCCCUCAGAAUAUCACUGUAUGUCUCUUAUACCGGGAAUAAAAUGAAA